AUGGCGAACCGGUGGUGGACUGGACCGGUGGGUUUAGGCGGUAUGGAUAACUCGGUGAACUCAUCACCACUAGUACCAAAACCGGAUCUGGGUUUUUCCAUGAACGAAAGUGCAGUAACAGGAGUGAACAACAUCAACAAUAAUGAAGAAGAUGAGAGAGAAAACAGUGAUGAACAAAAAGGAGGAGGUAUAGAAACAAACAACUCCACGCGCCGUCCACGAGGGCGUCCUUCAGGGUCGAAAAACAAGCCGAAGCCGCCGAUAUUCAUAACAAGAGACAGCCCUAACGCGCUGCGAAGCCAUGUUAUGGAAGUGGCAUCAGGAACUGAUAUAGCUGAUAGUGUUGUUCAGUUCGCUAGAAAACGACAGAGAGGUAUUUGCAUUCUAAGCGCAAGUGGAACGGUUGUUAAUGUUUCUCUCCGGCAGCCUACAGGUCCUGGAGCUGUGGUGGCCCUUCCGGGGAGAUUUGAUAUUCUCUCGUUGACUGGUUCGGUGCUUCCUGGACCUUCACCGCCUGGCGCUACUGGUUUGACUAUUUAUCUUUCUGGAGGGCAGGGACAGGUGGUGGGUGGUGGAGUGGUUGGACCGCUUGUGGCGGCAGGGCCGGUUAUGUUGAUGGCUGCGACUUUCUCGAAUGCAACUUAUGAGAGGUUGCCUGUGGAGGAUGGUGAUGAUCAGGAAGGGCAGCAGGGUGGUGGUGAUGAGUCUCCCCCGCCUGGGAUGGGACAGUUGGCAGGUGGAUCAGUCGGAGAAGGUUCGUCGUCGAUUCCAGUUUAUAAUAAUGUUGGUGGAAAUUUGGGUGUUUCAAAUGGGCAACAGAUGUUGAAUAAUCAUGAAGCUUAUAAUUCUCCUUGGGGUCAUGGUGGUAGACCACCUUACUAA